AUGAACGAGAAUUUGCGGCUCCACCCGCCAGCCGCGGCUUCGUUGCAAAGGAAGACUCCACCAGAAGGAAACACCAUCGAGGGGGUCUACAUCUCGAGUAACAUGACGGUUAUGUGCCCGCAGUAUGUGCUAGGCCGUGAUGAAGAAGUCUAUGAGCGCCCGAAGGAAUUCCUUCCCGAGCGCUGGUAUCUACACUCAGAGAUGGUGAAGCAGAGAGCCGCUUUUGCCCCGUUUUCGCUAGGCCCGUAUGGGUUCAUAGGCAAACCCCUGGCUUUGCUGACUCUCCGCAACACUUUGGUACGGCUGGUCACGAUGUUUGAUUUCGAGUUCGCACCGGGAGAGGAUGGGACGGCCUUUGAGGGGAAAGAGAAAGAUCGGUUUACAAUGGGUUAUGGAGAUUUGCAGAUACUCUUCCGGAAGAGAAGCGAAAUAGGAUCAAAAGUGAAUAUGGUGCGCGAAUUUGGUCUAGUUGCAGCACUGCACGUACCAAUGUAUGGACCAAUAUAUGUAAUUUAA